UAUGGCCGAGGGCGGUGGGGGCGCGCGGAGGAGGGCUCCAGCGCUGCUGGAGGCAGCCCGUGCACGCUACGAGAGCCUGCACAUCUCGGACGACGUGUUCGGCGAGUCGGGCCCGGACAGCGGCGGGAACCCCUUUUACAGCACCUCCGCAGCCUCACGCUCCUCCUCGGCCGCCUCCUCGGACGAUGAGCGUGAGCGCCCGGCGCCUCCGGGGACCGCCCCGCCAUCCUACGCCGCGGAUCCCUUGGAACUCGAGGAGGACGAGACCGGUGGGGGCUGGAGUGCCGUGCUGAGGGAUCGCCCGUCCCCGCGCUUCGAGGACACCGGUGGUCCAACCAGAAAGAUGCCACCCAGCGCUAGCGCGGUGGACUUCUUCCAGCUCUUCGUCCCGGACAACGUGCUCAAGAACAUGGUGGUACAGACCAACAUGUAUGCCAGGAAGUUCCAGGAGCGGUUUGGCAGUGACGGUACCUGGGUGGAGGUGACGUUGGCAGAGAUGAAGGCCUUCCUGGGCUAUGUGAUCUCCACCAGCGUCUCGCACUGUGAGUCGGUACUCAGCAUUUGGAGCGGAGGCUUCUAUAGCAACCGGAGCCUCGCCCUCGUCAUGAGCCAGGCCCGCUUCGAGAAAAUCCUCAAGUACUUCCAUGUUGUGGCCUUCCGAUCCAGCCAGACCACACAUGGGCUCUACAAGGUCCAGCCCUUCCUCGACUCCCUACAGAGUGGCUUUGAUGCUGCUUUCAGGCCGUCUCAGACCCAGGUGCUACAUGAACCCCUGAUUGACGAGGACCCUGUGUUCAUUGCCACAUGCACGGAGCGAGAGCUGCGGAAGAGGAAAAAGCGGAAAUUCAGCCUGUGGGUCCGCCAGUGCUCUUCAACCGGGUUCAUCAUCCAGAUCUAUGUCCACCUAAAGGAAGGUGGUGGCCCAGAUGGCCUGGACGCUCUGAAGAACAAGCCACAGCUGCACAGCAUGGUGGCCCGGAGCCUGUGCCGGAAUGCGGCCGGGAAGAACUAUAUCAUCUUCACAGGGCCUAGCAUCACCAGCCUCAAUCUGUUCGAAGAAUUUGAGAAGCAAGGGAUCUACUGCUGUGGCCUCCUCAGCUCCAGGAAGAGUGACUGCACAGGUCUCCCUCCAUCCAUGUUGACCAACCCUGCCACCCCACUUGCCCGGGGCCAGCACCAGAUCAGGACAAAGGGCAACAUGUCACUGAUCUGCUGGUACAACAAGGGGCACUUCCGCUUCCUGACCAACGCCUACUCCCCUGUGCAGAAAGGCGUCAUCAUCAAGAGGAGGAGCGGGGAAAUCCCCUGCCCUCUGGCCGUGGAGGCCUUUGCGGCUCACCUCAGCUACAUCUGCAGAUACGACGAUAAGUACAGCAAGUAUUUCAUCUCUCACAAGCCAAACAAGACGUGGCAGCAAGUGUUCUGGUUCGCCAUCAGCAUCGCCGUCAACAACGCCUACAUCCUGUACAAAAUGUCAGACGCCUACCACGUGAAGAAAUACAGCCGGGCACAGUUCGGAGAGAGACUUGUCAGGGAGUUGCUGGGCUUGGAGGACUCAUCGCCAGCCCACUGAGACUGCUGGCCCAGGGGUGUCAGGGACAAGGAAGGAGCCUGUCACCUGCCUGCUGGCUGGAGGGCUCAUGUGUGGUCAGAAGUCUGCUUUCCACAUCACCCCCCACAAAGGGUGGCUCCCCAGAGCCUGAUACAGGUGACCUCGGAAGGUACCAGCAGUAGGACCAGUGGACCAUGCUCCGCUUUCCAGAGCGUGAAAGAUCGUGACGGGCUCAAGUUCAGAUCAGGCAAGCUUACAAAAUGGACCCCUCGGUGCCACCCCACAGCACCCGGCACGUGGGUUCCUAGCACUCUCCCAUGAGAUCAGCUUAGAUGGCUCCCUUGGAAGAAGAGAUGCAAUGUGGUGCCAUUAAAACUCAGAGCCAGGGGGGGCGGGGCGGCUGCAGCUUGCUGACUAUAAACAGGGUGUACCUGUUCUGUCCUCCACCGGACUGCAGCGAGCAGGGCGAGGAGGGAAGAACAAUGCUAGUUUUUUGUUUUUUUUUGUUUUUUUUGGGUUUUUUUUUUGUUUUUUGGUUGGUUGGUUGGUUUUUUUUUUUUUUUUCAAUGUAUCUUCAGGUUAAUUCCCUACUGUUGCUUAAGGUCUACUGUGAACAGAUGUGCCCCCCACUCCCCACUCCCCACUCUCAGACACCACAUACCUUCACAGCUCCCUGCAUGAUCACAGUUCUGUUUCUGGCCUGUGGCAAGUUAGGAAGGGCCGCUGGCUUCCAGGACAGAUGUAGCUAUGGCUACCAAGGCCUGGGGAGCCUGCAGACUGAGUACUUUGUCACCUGUCACUGUUGGCUGCAGACUGAGGACUCUGUCACCUUGUCACUGUUGGCUGCAGAAUUACCUGUCUUGAGAAUUCUAUAGCAUCAUGAAAACAAAAUCCUUCACCUCCUUCUCUCUGGGGAUGGGGUCCCCUAGAAAGUCACAGCAGGAUUAGGAGGCCCUGGCUGGGGACUGGCCCUGUGGGAUCUCCCAUAGACCCAGGUCCUUCCCACCACAGGUUGACAUCUCUCCAAGGAGCCUGAGCCCCAAGGUGGGCCCACUGUCCCCACAGAUGGGAAACAAGGAUUUUUCCACACCUUGCAGCCCUUCCUCCUGAUCUAAUGCCACCUAAUGUCCUCAGAUGCAGACUGUCCUCGGCAGGGGCUUUGGGGCAAUUCCUCAUUCCUUCAGUGAGCCGAGGUGUGGCUGGCAGCAGAAUGCUCUCCACACCUUGUCACGUCUGUGUCCACUCUCUCCACAAGCACCCUCGCCUGCGGUGGGACCCAUGAUGCCACAGAUCACAGGCCCAACUUCAGUUUGUGUUUAAGAUAACCUUUGCUGUACCCUUAAUCGGAUCAAAAGCACUUUCACGGAGAAAUAUAUUUUCAAUUUGUGAUGCUUUUCUACAAGGUCCACUCUUCCUGAGUUCAGGUGUUUCCAACACUUAGGGAGUCUAAUGAAGGCCAAUGACUUUUUCUUUUCUGUCCAAACAAGAAAAAUAAAAAUAAAAGUCUAUUUAGAUGUCGGCUGUUAGUAUGUGGCUUUGUUUCAAAGAGUUAGAAAGCUGUUCCCCUUGAACUUGCUUUCCCAUGGGUGACAGGAACGUAUGAGCUGAACUGUUCUUGGAAUCUUGAAACAUUGAACAGUUUAUAAAAAGAAAUCAGUUAGGAUUUGAUGUGUGAAUAUAUUUUAUAUACAUAUAUAUAUACAUACAUAUAUGUAUGUAUUCAUAUAUAUGUAUUCAUAUAUAUAUACACAUAGGUGACUGAUAGUAGCAGUUCUGAGUGUAGUUGUUGUCCAGGCCCCCCCCCAUUAUUUUUAGUCUUGGUUACCUGAGGUCACCUGUGAUCCAAAAAAUACUAAAUGGAAAAUUCCAGAAAUAAAUAAUCCAUAAGUUGUAAGUUUUUAUUACAGUACAUUGCUACAGUUGUUGUA